AUGGGCAAGUCUUCCGGCGGUUCCGGAUGUCGAGGGGGUGGGCGUGGCCCUGCGGUCAAGACAGUCAAGACCUGUUCAAAGCCUACCAGUUCAAACACUUCGAAGAGCACUGGCUUGAAGGCAAAGACCUCAAGUCCCAAGCCUACUAGCUCACAGGUCAACCGUGCCAAUCAACUGAAUCCAUGCCACGCAGCCUUUCAUCAGUCUCGGGGACUGCCACCCACUGCAGCACAGAAGGCAGCGCAAACAAGCUCGAAGUCAGCUUCCUCCAAGCCCUCCCAGGACACGAACCGAGCCAACCAGCGCAAUCCAUUUCACCCAGCCUUUUGGAAGUCCCGGAACAUUGAGCCCGGCAAAGUGGAGAUGGUCUACCAUGGCACCUCCAAGGAUGCGGCUCAGGCCAUCCUCAAGAAGGGCUUCAACCCCUCCAAAGAUGGACUGCUGGGAAAGGGCGUUUAUGUCACAACAGAUCGAAGCAUCUUGACUUCGUUGAGCGCAGCAUGGGGCAGUAAAGCGCAGGCUUUUGCUGGGGACGAUGGCCGCAUCUUGCGCGCUGCCGCGAAUCUAGGACAUGUUCAGACCGUCGAUGCCCGCGCAGCUCGGAAAUAUGGUUUCAGCGAGACCGCAUGGCACAAGACCCACGACUCGGCCUACGUGCCGCAAGGCAGAUGGCACGGACCGGCGCAGACCGGCACGGAUGACCCCUGCAUCCCAAGUGUUUACACAAAGUCAACGGUGAAGAUGUCUGACUACCACCAACAAAGAUAUAGGACAAGCAGCGCACCUGAGAAUGACAACGCGCAGGGGUCGGAUGGUAUAUAUGUCUCAUAA